CCAAGCGAUAUGUCCCUGGCGCCCCUGAUCGUGUUCCUGCUGGCAGGGGCCCGCCUCGCCAGCGGCACCAUCGCGGCCGUGGAGGUCGGCGCCCAGGGGGUGCGGCCGGGCGCUCCGCUGCCCGAGGUUGCCGGCGAGCGGGAGGUCCCUUGCGCCACGCCGCCCGAGUGCAGCACGGCACUUGCCCAGGUGUCCGAUGCCAAGAAGCUGGCCGCGAUCGUAACGACAACGCAGAAGGUUAACAACAUGAUUUCCUUCGCCCAGGCGCUGGUCGCUCAGGCCAAGGCCAUGCUGGACGAGGAUCGCUACCUCGCGGACGCCCUACAGACGAACUCGACAGGCCACCUUAACCAGGCAGUCUUCAAAGCAGGGGUGAACACAGUCCCGAAUCAAGACCGCCUGCAGCUGAAGAUCAACGAGCUCGAGGCAGAGGAUAAGGUAUUCCAGGUUGCCUUCUCCGACGUCGUGCCGUUGCGCGUGACAAACCUAGGCGCCUGA